AUGUCGGAGGAGCAGCGUGAAGACGUGAGAGGCAAGGCUGCCGAGAUUCUCCUUUGUGCAGGCGUACACCUCCGGGCCUAUGAGGAACCGGAUCCACAGCAGAUGUUGGAAGAUGCGAGGCAGGUGCGAAAACUCGCACAAGAUGUGCUCCGCACUGCGAAUGAUCACAGGCAAGAGGCAGAAGUUGGACCGACGGCUGCUUCGUGCUUUGAGUGGAUCUGCCUGGCUGCCCGGAUGAUGCAGAAAUUGGGUGCCGAGGACUUUCACGGGCAAUGCCUGCACCUGGCCGGCCUGUGCUUGCAGGCGACCAGGCAAGUCGAAGAGAUUCUGGUGGCGGAGGGCGUUCCCACCGCAAUCGUUUCGGAGGCUGAGGAGUCCGGUGAGGACUACUUCUACAUCCCUGAGUCAGGGACCCAAGCUGAGUCUGGGGCCAUUACAGCGCCAACACGAACUGCGGACCCGUCUCGUGUUGACAGUGUCACCAAUCGGGAACCGCAUGAGCUAGUUGUCGAAGAGGCGUUUGUGGAAGGACCAGGAGAAGGUCAGCUGGUUGCACACAGGCAAGGUCUGGAGAGCCAGUUGCAACAGAUGAGGGCGGAGCAGACAGGCCUUCCCCUUGCAGAAACGCUGCGAAAACUGGGCUCUGCACUUCUCGAAGAGGGGGAACCUCAACAUGCCAGACAGGCCAGGGACGACUUGCACCAGAACUUGCACAUUCAGCAGUGCUGCCUGCAGGCCAUGGACUACUUACACCAGAGCUUGCAAAUUCAGCGCUGCCUGCAGGAAAGCGCGGCUCAUCUCAGUAUCGCUGACACGCUGUAUGACCUGGGUCGCGCAAGCAGCAUUCUUAAAAAUCAAGAACAAGCCCUGCAGUACUUUCACGAGUCCUUGGAGAUUAGACAGCGCGUGCGCCUCGCUGGAGAUGGCAAAACUGUUGCGACUCUGUACCGUCUGAGCGCCGAGUAUUUGAAAAAGUUUCACUAUUUUUUCGACGGCGGAAUAGAGCAGGCGCGGGUCUUUGUGGAGAAGGCUCUGAACUUGGCAGACAGCCUAUGGCCUGGCUACUUGGAUCUCUGCGCAGUUUCAGCCUCUUGCCGACAUGCCCAGGAGCUCAUUGAAGCUGGCGAUGGUUGGGCGUACAACUUUCGGGAGGUUCUCCGCGGACGCGACCUGGAGUUCUGCCGCGUUCUCACUGCCAGGGACAAGCCCUUGAUAGUUCUCCCGUCAGCAGACUCCGCCGACUUGAUUGAUGCACCUCUCCCUGAAGAUUUUCCAUUGCAAGUGUGGCUCAAGGCUCCCGGGAAGGAAGAUCGUCGGACCUUGACAUCCCUUCUCCAGCGUGCUGCCCAUUUGGAAUUGGGCGAUGGUCGUCCAGAUACUGCUGCAGCUGAGGCCGCGACAAGCUGUCUUCAAAAGUCUCUACGCGUGGUAGGCUGUCUUGCAGGAGACCAAGACAACGAGUCCGCAGCAAAAACAUUGUAUGAGCUGGGACGGAUGCGCGCUUUCGCCAAGGACUUCGAGGGUGCAGUCUGCUACCUGGAGGAAGCAUUACGCAUGAAGAAAAAAUCUAUAUACGACCAAGACACUGCCAGCGUCGCAAAGACCUUGGCCCUCCUGGGCAAGCCGUACUUCCUCAUAGAGAGUAUCAAGAGUGGAGAGGCUACUCGCGGACGUGUGCGCUUUUUCACGGAGAGGGUCUAUCUUGCUUAUGUGUUGCCCAUACUGUCCGCCUGCUGUGGUCCUGAGUUGGCUCUACAGUCCGGUCCGGGCGUUUUUGAUGCGAUUCGUUUGUCGCUUUGCGAGAAACCUGCUGUAAAAGGUGAGGAUGAAGAAGGCGAUGACGAAGCCGAAGAUGAGGAGGAUCAGGAUGGGCUGGACAUGGACGACUGGAAGGCCGGCACCGAAGCGGAAGAUCUCGUGGAAGAGGGUGCCGAUGCCGACGAUGAGGAGGAGGAAGACGAGGACGGAGACGACGAGGAGGGCGCGGACGCGGGCGCCGUUCUCCGAGAGAUCUUAGUCAACGAGUCCGACGAGUAUCAGCCUGGUGCCACUCAGGAGGAUGUAGGUCAAUGUGAUGACGAUGAUUCACCGCGGCCCCUCUCCAGAGAAACGCCUGUGGUAGACGAGGACAUGCUCCUGGCCGCCACAGCUCCACUGCUGAUCGACGGCCCUGUGAAGAAGAAGCGAAAGAAGAAAAAGAAGAAGAAGAAGCGGCGUCUCAGCAAGACUGUGGUCGUGGUGGAUGUCCCAGCAGAGAA